AUGCCGCAGUGGCUGGUCAUUGGAAUCUCGGGCGUCACCUGCGGUGGCAAGACGACGUUGGCCCACAGCCUGCACGACUACUUCAAGGGUCUGAGUGGAGCUCCGCUGUGGAACUCGCCGUACACCAUUGGCGAGGUGCGUCUGAUCUCGCAGGAUGACUACUUCCUGCCCGUGGAGGACAAGCGCCAUCAGCGAAACGAGGCUCUGAAUGCCAUCAACUUCGAGCUCAUCACCUCGCUGGACAUGUCCAAGAUGCUGAACGACAUAGCGCACAUAAUCAAGGGGCGCCACGUGGCCCCCGAGCCGCAGGAGCAGCUGGUGACCUAUGCCAACUUCGAGCACUACGCCCUGCAGUUCCAGCAGCAGUAUCACUACAAUGCCAACUACUACAAGCAGGCCAAUGGCGGGGCCUAUCAGUAUCCGCCACAGCAGCCGCCGAGGCAUCACCACCAUCACCAUUCCCAGCAGCAGCAUCACCAUCAGCAGCACCACCAGAUCCAACAGCAGCAGCAGCAUAUCAUGCGGAUCAAUGCACAGAUAGCCGCCCAGCUGAGGGACAAGAAGAUCAACUUCCUCCUGGUCGAGGGAUUCAUGAUUUUCAACCAGCCGGAGCUGCUGGCGCUGUGCAACCUCAAGUACCACUUCCAUCUGCCCUACGAGAAGUGCUUCGAGCGGCGCAGCAAACGCACCUACGAUCCCCCCGAUGUCACCGGAUACUUCGAGCUCUGUGUGUGGCCGCACUACGAGAAGAACUUCAGCGAGUAUCGCGACUGCAAGGACAUCACAUUCCUCAACGGCGAGAUCGGCAAGGAGAAGAUCUUCAAGUUCGUCCUCCAGCGCAUCGUCCACUACUUCGAGGAGCGCUGCGAGGUGCCGGCUCCCGCUCCAGUCGCCUGUCCGCCGCAGCAGAAGCGAUUCGGGAUGCUGUACGUGGGUCCGAGCAAUAACAACGUGAUGCCCACGGCCUGUCCCAUGGAACAAUAGAUUGUCCUAGGCUUCAGUGUACAAUAAAGGCAUAUUGUAUAGUGUAAUAGUA